AACAUGGCCGAACUACUUUCUGGUGUUAAGAUUCAACUUAAGGAUGGGAGUCAAGUUGAUGCAGGGGACUAUCUCAAAGGAAAGAUGGUUGGUCUCUACUUUUCGGCAAGUUGGUGUCCUCCAUGCCGUGCCUUUACUCCUAAAUUAAAGAGAUUCUAUGAAGCAAUCAAAGAAACUCAUCCGAAAUUCGAGAUCGUACUAGUAUCUCGCGACAAGGAAGCAGAUGAACUUUUUGAAUACUAUGAUGAGCAUAUGGGUGACUGGACUUUUAUCCCAUUUGGGGAUCCUAAAAUCGAAGAGUUACUAGAAAAGUACGAAGCUCGAAGUAUACCGGGAAUGAGAAUAAUUAGGCCGGAUGGUAGCGUUGUUGUGAAAGACGCCCGCCAAGAAAUCCAGGAGAAGGCUGCCGACGAUCCAGAAGCGCUGUUUGAAGAGUGGGAAGCGUUCUACAUGUAA